AUGCCAUCUGGAAUUGAAAAUACUUUUCUAGUAGCAACAAUAGGAGGAUUUGUGAUUGGAAUGUUGGGGAAUGGGUUCAUUGUACUAGUUAACUGCAUUGACCUGGUGAAGAAACAAAAGCUCUCAUCAGCUGACUGCAUCCUCACAGGCCUGGCUAUCUCCAGAAUCAGUCAACUUUGGGCAAUACUAUGUGACUCAUUUUUAUUGGUACUAUGGCCACACCUAUAUGCCAUUGAUAAACUAACAAAGGUUGUUAAUAGUUUUUGGAUACUGUCCAAUCACCUAGCUACCUGGUUUGCCACCUGUCUAAGUGUUUUCUACUUCUUUAAAGUAGCCAACUUCUCCCACCCCUGCUUCACUUGGCUGCGGUGGCGAAUUCGUAGUGUGGUACUGGUGCUUCUCUUUGGGUCUUUGUCCUUACUGUUUUUGAAUUCUGAAUCAAUAUAUAUGUUUAGUCAUAUCUCAACUAACAGCUACAAAAUAUAUGCAAGAAACUCAACGUGGUCCCCAGAUGUAAGUGAAACUCAUUAUCUUCACCAGUUGAUUGUUUUUAACUUCAUCAACUUAAUCCCCUUUCUUCUGUCCCUGACCUCACUGCUCCUCUUAGUCCUCUCCUUGAUGAGGCACAUCAGGAAUUUGCAGCUCAACCCCAGCUCAAAGGAUCUCAGCACAGAGACCCAUAAAAGAGCCAUGAAAAUGGUGAUGUCUUUCCUCUUCCUCUUCAUCAUUCAUGUUUCUUCCGUCCUAUUAACAGGUUGGGUUUUCCUUAAACUGCAGGGAUGUCUGGCCAAACUGGUGGUUGUGUUAACUUCGACUGUUUUUCCUUCAAGCCACUCGUUUAUCCUAAUUUUGGGAAAUAGCAAGCUGAGACAAAAUGCCAUAGGACUACUGUGGUAUCUUAACUGCCGCCUGAAAAGAGUGAAAUCUUUAGCUUCAUAG